AUGGCAUACGGAGCGCGCGACAUGUUCGCACGAGUACCUCCACAUUGGCAAGUCGACAACUCGGAGUGUCUGCAGAUUUUUGCGAGGGCAUUAGAGAGAUAUUCGGAGAAUGAGCAGUUACAUUGGAGUGAAAGGUUUAUGGAGAAUGAGGAUGAAGUGAGACAGGAUCGAGUGGUUGAAGCACGGGCCAGAAAUAUAAGCCACAACGUGCGGUGCACUGAAUGUGGUAGUCAAUCUAUUGAAGACUCGCAAGCUGACAUUGCCAUUCUCCUCCACAAGUUAAUACGAGAUGAGAUUCGGUCUGGUAAAAAUGACAAAGAGAUCUACAAGAAGCUGGAGGAAGAUUUUGGAGAGACAGUGCUUUAUACACCAAAAUUCGAUAUACAAACAGCGGCUAUAUGGCUGGCACCGCUUACACUUACUGGUGGCGCUGUGUUGAUAUGGGCAUUCAAGAGAUACAGGCGAAAGAACAACGUGCAUAUCAUGGCCCUAGACCUCGUCCGAGGAGUCCCAUUGACUCCGAAGGAGAAGGAGGCGAUGCUUGAGCUUCUGACGCCACCUUCUACUCGAUGGUGGGGAAAAUGGCUUCCUCGAUGAUUUGAGAGUGUCAAACUU